AUGUGUGAUUUUAUAAAUAUGAUUGGCAAAAAGUUACUUAAGAGUUUUAAAAAAAAAAGCUCAUUAAUAUUUUUCUGUAUAACAUUGUUAUACCUUUUUUACACAUAUGUGUCUUUGUUUUUGUUUAUAUUCAACAACGCUUUAUUUUAUUUGUUUGUUAAUAUAUUAUUGUUUUAUGUAUGUUUCCAUUUUGUCGUAAGAGCUUUAACAUACCCUGGAAGUCUGUUCAUUUAUCAAAACAAGACCAACUAUGACAACAGAAUUGAAUUUUCCAAAUUUUAUUUAAGAGAGACAUCUAAAUUAUCAGCUGUUUUAAAAGACAUCCACACAAUUGUUAAGGAGAAGAUACGAAAUGAAAAAAAAGAUAAGGAGAAUACAUAUAAAAUAAAAUUAGAAGAAUUGUUUUCCUAUAAUAAUAAAGAAAACUACUACAACUUUUUUAGCAGUUUAUAUAUAUUGUAUACUUUAUAUGUAACCUAUUAUUUGUAUAUAAAUUUAGAAGAAAAUGUGGAUUUGAAUGAAGAACAAUUAAAUUUUUAUUAUCAUUUGAAAUAUUUUAUGAUAAAAAUUAAUGAAAUUUAUAUACAUGUUAAUAAGAAUGAUAUUAUAUGUCCUGAUAUAUUUACUAAAAUUAAUAUAGGAAAAGAUUUCAAUGAAACUGUUAAUGAAUUUAUAACAAGCAAAGGAGAUAUAUACCAAAAGGAACCUUACCAGAUAUUAAAAUAUGAAGGUAUUCAAAAUUAUAUAAAAAAAAUAAGUGGAAUAAUUAAUACUAUGGUUAAUGAUGUGCACAAAAAUAUUUUUAAUUUGUAUAAUAAUACAUCUUUAGAUGAAAAAAAAAAUUUACGAAAUUCAAAUAGUAAGAAUAUUAAAAUGUGUAAUGAAAUAAAUAUAAAAAAUAAAACUGGUGAAAACCUAAAAGAUCAUUUUGAUUAUUUCAAUGGAAAGAAUGAAUCAAAUAUUGAUGAAAAAUCCAAAAUUAUUGAUAGAGAUAACAGUAACAAUAAUAUUAAAAGUAUGGAUAAUUUACCAUCGAAUAAGAAUAUGUCUGCAUAUGCAGAAAUAAAUAUUUUAACUUUAUUUUAUCAUGAGAAUUAUGAAAAAUCCAUUAGUCAUGCAAAUUAUAAAGAUUUUUAUAUUUUAAUAGAAGAUGAUAAAUUUUUAAAAUUGUUAAAUAAAUUAAUACAUCUUAUAAAUAUAUUAGGAGAUAUUUUUAGAAAAAAUAGUUUAAAGGACAAAAUGAAUAUAGGUAAUAUUCAAUCUUUUAUAAAAAAUCAAAUAGUUGGUACAUUAGAUUUAUUUAAAUAUGAAAUGAUUUAUAAAUACUACGCAAAACAAGAAUAUUUAUAUAUGAAUCGAAACAAAUUAGAUUGUAUGUUUAUACCUUGUAAAAAGUUUUUAAAUAGCAAAAUGGAAAAAUAUUAUGAAAAUUUGAGAACAAACCCUGAUCAAUUAUUUCAUUUAGAUAUGUCUAAUGAUAAUAAUAAUAAUAAAUAUAAUAAUAAUAAAUAUAAUAGAUAUAAUAUAUUUUUUAGAGCUUUUAAUAAUCAAUUUUAUAAUUAUAUAUAUCAUGAAGAUUAUUUACGUGAUGUUCCUGUUGUCUUAUAUUUUAAUCCUAAUGGAGCAUAUUAUGAAUUAAAUGCUUGUUAUGGUGGAACCUUACAAUUUUAUUUACAAAAUAAUAUAAAUGUUUUUGUAUAUAAUUAUCGUGGGUAUGGCAAAUCAUGUGGAUAUCCAAACUUUAAUAGAAAUAAUAUGGAUGCUUUAAAAAUUGCUGAAUAUCUUUUAUCAAAAGAUGUGAAAUAUUUAGGUUUACACGGAACAUCUAUAGGAGGUCCUUUGUGUUCUUAUGUAUCUUAUCAUUUAAGUAAUUUUAAUAAAAAGUCUAAUGGCACAUAUGAAAUGAUAGAUAAGAUAUAUAAGAAUGAAAUAGAUAUUCGACGAAUUAAAAAAGAAAUAUAUAAAUUGAUCUUAUUAAUGAAUAGGAAAAAAACGAAAUUAAUAGAUCAUUUGUUAGUACCCAUAAAGUAUAUAUUGUGGUUAUUAUUACAAUUUCUUACUUUAUGUAAAUUAAAAAUAUCUAAUUAUAGAAUGAAAAAAAUAUGGAACAUUAACAAUAUAGAAAAUAAUAAGUUAUUAAAUAAAAAAGAUGUGAAUUAUAAUACUGGUCAAGAAGAAAAAUCAAAAAUCUCUUUUGUAUGUAUUGAUAGAUCAUUUUAUAAUUUUGAACAAGUAGCUAGAUAUAUGAUUGGUGAGUAUGCAUAUAACAUAUUAAAAUUUACAUCCUACAAAUUGGAUAUUACAAAAUAUUAUAUAAAUUCAAAUGUACCAAAAAUAUUAAUAUAUGAUAAUUAUGAUGAAAUAAUUCACUAUAUGUCUAAUGCAAUAACUGGAGUAUCUAGAGAAAUAUCCAAGGUGUAUAAAAAUGGAAACUUAUAUAUGGAGUCUAGUAGAAAGAAAUCAAAUGAACAAAAAGCUUUAAAUCAUGAAUAUAUGAAGGAAGACCAAAUUGUGAAUAUGAAUUUGUUACCUUUAUUAAUAGAUGAUGAUGAUAAAAAAUGUGGGGUUCAUAUGGGUAAAGAAGGAAUAGAAAAUAUGGACACUUCAUUUGAUCAAACAUUAAAUAAUAAUAAUAAUAAAAAUAAUAAUAAUAAAAAUAAUAAUAAUAAUAAUAAUGAUAAGAAAGAAAAGAGAAAUAACAACAUCAUUCAUAAUAAUAAUAAUAAUUAUGAUGAUUUUAUUGUGAAUAGAGAUUUACCUACAUUUGCUGAUACACUAAUUAUAGACGAAUAUGUAGAUAAUUAUUGGUCAGAAAAUAAACUGAAAAAUAUUGAUUUUCGCCUGUUUCUUCAAAGUUGGAAAGUAUUAAAUGAUUGCAUUUCGUUCCUAAAUAAAUGUUCUACAACAAAUAAUUCUUUUAUUUCAAUCGGAUUGGAGACAUAUAAAUCUAUUAUGUCAUUGUAUAAUUCAAAGGAAGAUAAAUUAGAAGAACAAACACACAAUGCUAUUUAUUGUAUAUAUAAUGAUAAUGUGAGUUUUAUGGACACAUUUAAAAAAGCAAGUUCUAAUUAUGAUGAUUAUAUAAAGGAACAUAUGAAUAAUAAUCUUUUUAAAAAAACAUGUAUAUACGAUAUGUUAAAAGAAAAUAAAGAGUUUACAUAUGAAAUGGAAUUAUUAAAUAAAAUUUUAAGAGACGUAUAUAUGUCGAAAAGAAAAGAUAUUGAAAAGGUUCAUUUUACAUAUAGUGGGUUUUUUUUAAAAAAUGAUUAUUUAUAUGAUCACAUAAAUAAAGAUAAUCGAAAUAAUGAUAAGGAAUCAUUAUUUCGUAUUGAAGAUAUAGAUGUUAUAAAAUUCCUUGAUGAAUUUAGUGAUUCCUUAUAUGAAACAGUAGAUUCAAUAAAAUAUAAUUUAAAUUCAUGUGGACAAUUAUUUAAUGAAAUAAAUAAUAUUCCAGAAAAGGAACAAAUUGAUUUUUUAAAAGCUUUUAUAUUUAAAAUGAAGGUGUAUGGUUCCUAUCCAUCACAAUGUUUUACAUCAUCUAAAAAAAUUGAAUUUGCUAAUAGAUUAUAUGAAAUUCCAUUUUUACUAUCUCAAUAUUGUGAUCUUCAUAGAAAUAUAAAUGAACAGACAAAUGAAGAUAUGACAAAUAAUAAAAUGGAUGAAGAAGAAGAUACAAAAACAUGUAAUAAUGAUAAAGGAUGUGACAAGAAGAUAACAAGUUCGUCUAAAAAUUUAUUUACAAAAUUGAAGUCACGCACUGGUAUUGGUUUAUCAUCUAAGAUAGAUAAUGAUGAAGACUUGACAAGAUCGUUUAAUAAUAACAAUGAAGGAAUGAGAACAAAAAAAAUUAAAGGUAAGGGUAAUAUACAAUUUGAAAUAGCUAGUACAGAUGAAUGUUGUUUUAACGAGAAUAUUAUAACAAUUCCAUAUUUUAAAAUUAAAAAAUGUUUAUUUUUACAUGAUUUAAUUUUAUGUAUGAAUUAUUAUAAAAAGGACACGAAUAAAAAUAAAUUUGAUAUAUUUUACAAAUUUGAUGAUAAUACAUAUAUUAUAGAUAUGAAACAAAUGGUAUCUUUUUUUAACUCAUAUAAGGAUGAUAUAACAAGACAAUCAAAUUAUUUUCUUAGUAUAUUUUCCAAAGAUAUAGGAAUAGAUAUAAAUGAUUUAAAAUUUUCAGGGGAGUUAGAAAAAUAUGUAAGUUGGAUGAGAUUAAAUAACCGUAUGAAUAUAUGCAAGAUAUAUUUUACUUUAAAAAAUGAAAUAAAAAAAAUGAAAAAAUAUUCAGAAAAGUUACAUUCAGAAUAUAGUACCAUUAGCCAAGACACUAACAUACAUUUUAUAAUUUUUCUUAUAUAUCGUAUAUUAAUAUUUAAAAAGCUCUUCACACACACAUAUAUAAUAUAUACAUUUAUACAACGACUGAAUAAUUCUUUAGAUAUAAAUCUUGAUGAGGAUGAUAAGGAUAUAGAUAUAAAAUCGCUCAUACCAAUAUCGUACUUUAGGAUAUAUUAUAAGGAUAAUUAUAAAAUAUAUUCACCAAAUGCUUUGGGAUGGCCCGUUCUAGUGAAGUGUGGUCAUAAUGGCAACUUAAAUAAAGAUGAACAAAAUUUCUUGAGACUAUGUUUGGAUUCUAUAUUAAAGAAACAUAUUUAA